AGUUGCGCUGCGAGUCUGCCAUUCAGCUGGUUUCCGCUUCCGGUUCCGUGCGAGGUCUUUGGCUAGUGAAUUGUGGUUGUGCACCUUUUUCUAACGACUUUUGUAAACACCAAAGUUUUUUGAACAAAAAGAUAACCAAGGCACAACGUAUUUUUGUAAAAAUUUAAUGCAAAAAAGGUUUCGGCUUGCGAAAGUCAAAGUGCAAAUUGGCCCAGAAACAACAAGUAUCGUUUAUAAACUAGUUUCCAGUUCGAAUGUGUGUGUGGGUGUGUAGUAUAGUGUGUGUGUGCAAUUGAUUAAACAACACAAGGGUAACCUAGGCCAACUGGAAGCAUAGAGACUCCACCAAAAGCCGCGGACUAAAUUCUCAAAGCCUCGAUCCAGUAAGAUGGGCUGCAACACCAGCCAGGAGCUAAAGACGAAGGAUGGCGCCGCCAUGGAUGCGGUCAGCAACGGCGAACCGGAGCCCAGUGCUCCUCCCUUGGAGGGCGAGUCAUCCAAGUCAUCCGCUAGCAAUCAUACGAAUCACGCCAAAUCCAGUUCAAUUAUCUCCAACGGCGAGGCGAAGGCGGCCAACGGGGGCGGCGCAGUUGGCGGUGGGAGUGGCAAGUCGGAAGCAACAAAUGGCAUUGAUCGUCCCUGCGACAAGGCGGCAAUCACGGAGUUCAAUGACGACGAGGACGAAGCAAAAGCCGCAACAAAAAUCCAAGCCGUCUUUCGAGGCCACAAAGUGAGAGAAACCAUGAAAAAAUCGGAAACCAAAACUGCGACCAACAACGGCAGUGCCGCCGAAGCAGCUCCAUCGGCAGCAGCCGCCGAGGCAGCCGCAUCCGCAGAGCCAACCAAAGCCGAGCUAGAGGCUGAAUUCGAUCCCAACGACAAGGAUCUGUGCCAUGCUGCAUUGAAGAUUCAGUCCACUUUCCGUGGUCAUUUGGCACGCAAGCUGGUGAACAAGGAUGCGCCCGAGGACGAGGACAUCCAGGAGAUAACCAAGAAGGUGGCCGAGGAGUUGGACAUAGAUUUAACCGAUCCCGAGCUUAACAAGGCUGCUACCAAAAUUCAGGCCUCGUUCCGGGGCCACAAGACCCGCAAGGAUGCCAAUCCCGAGUAAGGAGCUCACCAGUUGAAUUUUCAUUGCCCUCGGUGGGCUAGUCACAGAUGAUGAAGCUAACUUAAUGCUUACGCAAGUGAAUAAAAUUAUUGGUAAAUUGUAAAUGUGUAAAAGGCCAAUCGAGAUGAGGGCACACAAUUGUAAACUUUUUAGUGAAUAUGUUUUAGCCGGCAUGGCGAACCCAAAUGAUUCUCAUAAUUAUUAAAUAAAUUAAGUCGAGGGCAAAGUUACAUUUAGUUUGCAAAGCUUUAAUAAAUGAAUAGUCAAAUCACAUUUUGCGAAUGAUGAUUCGGAGUUAUGCGACAUUUACAGAUACAUUUUUGCGGCUUUUCUUGUUCUAUUACUAACCUUUAGAGUCGUAAAUUGGUAAAUUGGUAUUAGUUAAUAUUUAAUUAAAUUACAUUUCGUUUUCGGACUUUGCUAUUAAACCCAAGACCGUAACUAAACCAAAAAUAAAGUGAACUAACGUUAAAUUGUCAAAGAAAAACCUAAUGUUACAAAAUAAUAAAUAAAAGGCACGAUGUUCCAUAAACUUUAUUGUAGGGAAAUGAGAAACCAAAAAAGACAAGGAAACUGCUGAACAAAUUUUUGGGAAAUCAUUUCCAUUUUGUCUGGCCAAUGCCAAAAGUAAAAAAUUAAUUGUACCUACAAGCGUAUGAAUAUGAAUUAGAAACCAAAGAAACUCAAUGUUGUUUCAAAUUAAGGCAAAUUAGGGGUAUCCAAGCAACAUGAUGCAGCUUCGAGUCGUCAACUCAACAAUUUUUCGGCCCUCGGGCUCUAUAUUAACUGAAAAGUCAAUGAACAUGAAGAUAACUAAUCUGGUGGCACAAUUUUCGUUUUUCUACCAAGUGUAUUACAAUAUUUGUCUACUUAACAAUUGAUCCUCGAGUGGGAAACUGAAAUACACACAUAUAUAUAUACCUAUACAGAUGCAAAGACAGGUAUUAGACCGAGUUGAAUUGGAAAAUAUUUUUUUUCGGCCACAGCUGAGAAAAUUGUUACCAUGUGGCAACGGAAGCCAAUAAUGAAAUAUUUAAAAUUCAAAUCAAUUAACUACAAAAAAUUAAUAACAAGCUAAUGAACAUAAUUGAAAUUAUAUUAGAGAUCAAAGUCAAAUUCAAAUAAAUUGCAUAAAAUUAUUACAUUUAAAAAGCAAAUGGGAAAACCAAUUCUAUGUGGAUAAAUGAAAAGAAAAAACCAGAAUAUGAAAGCAAACCAUAUACAAGCCGAACAAACAAAGAAUGUCCCAACUAAAUUUUAAUUGAGUAAUAAAAAUAAAUACAAUAAAGA